AUGGAGCAGAGAGCAGCUGGCCUGGAUCAGGGCGAGAACCUGAGCUCCCGGCUCAGCCUCCUGCAGGAAUUCGCCAACCUCUCCUCGCAAUUCCAGGGCAUCCAGCUCAUCCAAUCGUUCAAACCCCUCAUCAUUCCGUGCUACGCGCUGGUGGUCUUCAUCGGCAUCCUCGGCAACUACUUGCUCAUCCAUGUCAUCUGCAAAACGAAGAAGAUGCACAACACCACCAACUUCCUGCUGGGGAACCUGGCCUUCUCAGACAUGCUGAUGUGCGCGACCUGCGUGCCCUUCACCCUGGCCUAUGUCUUUGAGCCGCGGGGCUGGAUCUACGGCAGGUUCAUGUGUUACUUCGUGUUCCUGAUGCAGCCCGUCACGGUCUUUGUCUCGGUCUUCACCCUGACUGUCAUCGCCGUCGAUCGCUACUACGCCACGGUGCACCCCCUCAGGAGGAGGCUGACCAUACCCAGCUGUGCCUACCUGCUGACCACCAUCUGGCUCCUGGCGUGUCUCCUGGCAGCCCCGGGCCUGGUACACACCUACUAUGUGGAGUUCUUCCAUCAGGACUUGACCAUCUGUGAGGAGUUCUGGGUGGAGUUGGAGAAACCCAGGCUGCUGUAUGCCUACAGCACCCUGCUGGCCACCUACGUCCUGCCCUUCUUGGUCAUCUCGCUCUCCUACCUCCGCAUCUCCGUCAAGCUGAAGAACCGUGUGGUGCCCGGCAACAUCACCCAGUCCCAGGCCGAGUGGGACCGAGCCAGGCGCAGGAGGACCUUCCGCCUCCUGGUGUUGGUCGUGGCUGUUUUCGGCCUUUGCUGGCUCCCCCUGCACCUCUUCAACAUGAUCAAGGACAUUGACUUUGACCUGAUCGACAAGCAGUACUUCAACCUCAUCCAGCUGCUGUGCCAUUGGCUGGCCAUGAGCUCUGCCUGUUACAAUGCCUUCAUCUAUGCCUGGCUCCACGACAGCUUCAGGGGGGAGCUGAAGAAGAUGUUCACCUGGAGGAACCAGAAGGUGGCUCCCACUGCUCACUGUGUCAUGGCCAGUGUGGUUUUGUAAAUAAAGCAGAGUCCGGGUGGGGCAAAACUACAUGAUCUCUAAGUACAAACCGGGAACAAAUCAGACUUGUGUGCCAGGAACUGAUAAUCUGGGGAGAGACCUGGCAGUA